AUGGCCUGGGCCGCACCCCCCAGCGGGAGCGGCGCGAUUUUGAUGCGCAAACUUCCGCGCAACACCAGUCGCGAAGCUCUUCGCAGCAUGCUCCUUUUCGCCAAGGAUUUCGUCGACGCCGAUUUCGUCAACUCCGACCAUCCGGAGGACGAUGGUUUCCUGAGCGCGAUCGCCCGUUUCAAUACCCUCCCCGCCGCCGAAGAAGCGCGCGCCCUCCUGGACGGUAAACCAAACUCCAAAAACGACGCGAAAAUGGUGGUGGAGAUGUAUCCUGGCGCGGUCGGCUCCAAUCUCUCCAACACGCGUCGCAACACAAUCGAUCACACCGCGACCCGUGGAUUGUUGCCUGGCUCGCGUCAAUCAUCGCGUUUCAAUGGUACCUUCCAAAGCCUGGAGAUUUCCAGACUCUCCAACCCAUCGAACCAACCCAUCGGCGAAGGCCUUCCCUCUGCGUCCGAGUCCGGUUCACGUCUGCACAACCUCUUCUCCCCACAAUCUCCGAUUGGAAACGGUGUUGGCGAUCUUCCUCGAGUUACAGGCAAGUCCAUGAUCGAUGAGGAUCCCGAUGAAGAGACAGGCGAGUUGCUCAAGGACCCGGUGGGCUACGCGGAAAGUGGACAUUCAGCAUCUGUCUCGGCCCCGCGUCGGUCAACCAACCCCCAGAUCCCGACCGGUCGAUUUGCCAAUAUGUCUCUCUCCACAGCCAUGUCAUCCCCGCCCCUCCCGAACUAUGCCUCUGGUGAUCCUCGGCAACGCAUGAGCAGCAACGGUCCUCAGUCUGCCUACCCUAGCUCAGCCACCCACAGCCAUGGUCAUAGCUUCCCCUAUGGCAGCCAACAUACACCCCGUCAUAGCUUGCCUGCUGCGAAUCCCAACGACCUUAACCCACCAUGCAACACCCUCUACGUCGGUAACUUGCCACCAGACACCUCGGAGGAAGAGCUGAAAGCCCUCUUCUCCAAACAGCGCGGUUAUAAGCGACUUUGCUUCCGUAACAAGCAGAAUGGCCCUAUGUGCUUCGUGGAAUUUGACGAGGUCGCCAUGGCCAGCAAAGCACUCAACGAAUUAUACGGAUACAAGCUGUCUAAUAGCGUCAAGACCGGCAUUCGCUUGAGUUUCUCCAAGAACCCUCUGGGCGUCCGUUCAGGCCAGCCUGGUAGCAUGAACGCAGGGAAUCCCCUCUCGGGACCGGGCGGAACUCCUACUGGCAGCAACCUAGGCAGCAUGCACAGCCAUAUGUUUUCCUCCGUUAGCGGCCCACCUCCCGGCCUGGCUGCGCCCCCUGGUCUGGCGAUGCCUAUGCCACAGCGAAACGGUGGUGGCAAUCCCAUCCACGGCGGCCAAGGUCAAGGCCAGGGUCACCCUCACGCCAUGAUCGGUAACAAUAACUUCAAUCACAACUCGGGCCUGGGGAUCCGGACCAACGGAGGUAACUCAAUGAUGAUGUCGCCGCCGCCUAGUGGUACUCCCAACAACAACGCGGGACCGAAUAUGAACGGCUUCAAUACCUUCUACCCCGAUUACAUGAUGGGCCGUUGA